AUGGAUGAAUUUAAACAAAAUUACAACAAAAAGCAAAUUAGUAAUAAGAAGAUCAAAAACAAGGAAAACAAAACACGAAUCCUAAGGAUUGGCGAACUGUUGGCAGCCGUGAAUUCAUUCAAUUUUAAUGUUACUGAAAACGUGGUAAAUAUUAGCGAUAAAAAUGAAUUUUACCGCAUAUCCAAAACAAUGACCGAUAAUCACAUCAGGGAUAGUACAAAAUUUAGCAAAGGUUUGGUAUCGUUUGCCAACACCUGUCCCGACGACCAGUUAUCGCUGUUAAAGAAAACGAUACAACUGUUGUAUUAUCAUUGAAGUUAAUGCGUUAUGAUAAUUUUAAUUAUUAUCAAAUGCUUAAAUGUUUUAUGAAUAAUAUCGUUGAGGAGUCACAAUGCGAUCACAUUAUUAUGCAUUUGUUAACAGCGAUUACACUUUUUAACCCAAAUCGACCCGAUUUGAAACAUCGAGAUAAUAUUAAACUAGAACAACAACUCUAUGUAUAUUUACUACAAAAAUAUCUUCAAUUAAAAUAUGUAUAUCAAUGGGAAUCGCAAUCAAAACUACAAAAACUGAUGUUAUUAUUGAAUGAUUUGAACGAAACAAUUAAAAUCCGUAAUUCUUUAGCCGUGGAAGAGAUCAAGGAUUACAUCCAAUACUGCGGUCCACUUCUCAAAGAGGUUUACGACAUAUCAAAC